AUGUCGUACACGCAGAGAAAAGACUCACGGGGAGUAAAUAAUUUGCUCCAUAAUCUACGCGGAGAGCAAUUUCGCCACCUCCAAAACGUAAAAGGCUCUCGAGACCACAUCUCAACGCUCCAGAACUACAAUUCCCAAAGCCUUCCAAUCCGUUUGGCGAAUCUUGAGCACGAUCCGACGGAUCCUUCACCGGCCCCGACCUUUUCACCAACCGUGCAGUCGUGCUCAGGACCUGCGCCUCCAAAGAGCUGGGACCGGCCUUCAGAAUCCUUGAUUUCAUCUCGCGGAAUAGUCAAAUGGCGCCGUCAAGCCCUCAGCCUCGUUGCUGACCAUCUCAACGGGUUUCCUGACCCGUUUCAGGUCCCGUCGCUCGCACUUCUCUGCCUGCAAAGUAUCCUGGCGAAUUGCACCAGCAACGCGGAGUUCAAGGAAGGUGUCGUGCCCUUCGUUCCAUAUCACCUGUGGCGCGACAUCGUGCGGUACUGUGCCCUGCAAACGCCAUUGCCAACAUGGAAACUGGACGCGCUGUUCGACUCGGAGGGGCACACAGAUGGCGAGAUAAUUGUCGUCGGACCGGAAGCUUCACUUCGCGAGAACCACUUCCUACGGCACAUCCCUCACUCGACACGAAAAACCCAAGAAGAGACUACUUGGGAGGCGGAAGACAACUCGCCCAACUCUAUUACAACCGUUAUCCUCCUCUCAGUACGGCUAACCACCUCCGCACUCCUAUCCCUUCCUCUAACGUUAACAACUCUCGCUCUCAUCGACCUGCCCUCCUCCGUGCCCCUCCAUCGGCUGACGAAAGUUUGCCCGCUCCUUGUGUUCCUCGAUCUCUCGUACAACUCCUGGCUGCGGGAGCCAGCGUCAACGGAUGCGCUGAACAGUUUGGAGAGGAUCGAGUGGUCGCGUUGGGGUCAUCUUCGAGUUCUUGGUCUUCGAGAUUGCCAUGUGUCGGAUGAGGUGUUGAAGAAGAUAAAUCAAGGACGGUGGGACGACGUUGAGGUUGUCCAAUGA